GUGUCCCGAAGUGAAACUGCGCGCAGGAAGGAACUUGGUCCUGGUCCGGCUCCGACGGCGCCCCCCACCCCCAUGCACGACUGUUCGGGCGCCAGCAGGAGGGUCGGUGCUGCAUGGCCCCGGGGCUGGAAAUGACUUCUGUCCAGAGCCGGGUCCGAGCAGAGGAGUCGCCCGCGCCGCCGGCCUUCAGCAAGCCCGGCCCGGCGGCGGCUGUGGCCUCCGGGGCCGCCAUGGGCGGGGAGGAGGACGGCGACAAGCCCAAGGCGGCUCCGGCUCUGCUGCCCUUCAGCGUCGAGGCGAUCAUGGCAGAUCACAGGAAAGCCGCCGGCGGCGGCGGAGGAGGAGCAGGCAGAGACAGCCUGGGCAGCGGCGGGCCCGACCUAGGAGGGCCCUCGGCCCACCAGAGGACUCUCAGCCCCAGGAUGGGGGGCACCUCCGCCUCGGCGCCAGAAAGGCCGGCCUCCCCGCUGGCCAUCGCCAGCCAUUUUUCCAUCGGGGGAUUAGUCAAACUGCCCGAAGAGGCGCUUGUCAAAGCCGAAAGCCCCGAGAAGGCGGACCGGACGCCCUGGAUGCAAAACCCCCGCUUCUCCCCGCCUCCCCCAAGACGCGCUAGUCCCCCGGCCUGCACCCUGCGGAAGCACAAGACCAACCGCAAGCCGCGGACGCCCUUCACCACGGCCCAGCUGCUGGCUCUGGAGAGGAAGUUCCGGCAGAAGCAGUACCUGUCCAUCGCCGAGCGCGCCGAGUUCUCCAGUUCGCUCAGCCUCACCGAGACGCAGGUCAAGAUCUGGUUCCAGAACCGGCGCGCCAAGGCCAAGCGCCUGCAGGAGGCCGAGCUGGAGAAACUCAAGAUGGCGGCCAAGCCCAUGCUACCGCCUGCAGCCUUCGGCAUCUCCUUCCCCUUGGGAGGCCCGGCCGUGGCCGGCGCCUCCCUCUACGCCUCCUCGGGCCCUUUCCAGCGCGCCGGCCUGCCGGUGGCCCCGGUGGGACUCUACGCCGCGCACGUGGGCUACAGCAUGUACCACCUCACCUAGAGCCCUGCCGGAGGGCCCGGCCUGCCCGCCCGCCUCCUAGGAGGCUCUGCGCUGAGGCAGGGCUCUUCUUCGCGGGCCUUCACGGAGGAAAGGCCUGCCCGAGUACCUCCGGCCAAGACCGAGAGGCGCUAACCGGCUGGGAAGGAAGGCGGGCUGCUCCUCUUGGCUCACCGGGGAAGAGCCCUGCUGCUGCUGCUGCCCAGAGGUCAGCAGCAGCGCAUCCGAAGGCUUUGGCUGGCCUUUCGCGAGCGGGAGCCCCCAGACUGCAUCAUGGACGCUGCCUGAGGCCAAGGGUACCGUGCCCCGCCCUUCACUCUGAGCGAAGGGCUCUUCUGCGGACUCGUGUAAUAUACUGUACAGCUGAAAAUUUAUUAUCGUUUAUAUUAAUAGCUAUAUUUGAUAAAUAAAUUAAUUUUAAACGA